AUGCAGAUGCUUCGCCUUCUGGCGAAUGUCCUGGGCGUGAGUUAUGCCCUGACAGUGGACAAAGAUGGAGCGCCCGACGCAAUACCCGCUGGAAUGAUGCUGCCUCCGAGUGGUGGAGUCUUCUGCCGAGGAAGCGGUUGCCCAUAUAGCGAGGUGGGUGUUGUUGGUGGACAGCAGAUCAUGGGCCACACCCAGACAGAGCAGGGGGUGGAGGAGCAAGCGAGGGCAGCCUUGGCCAUGGGUAUGGAUGCACUCCUCGCUAGAAAGGAGUUCUGCCGAGGCAUGAGCUGUGUGGAUGGAAUGGGCAAGCCCGUAGAUCGCACGAAGGCCGCCUUUGCUGCGCAGUGCAGCCACUUCUUCAAGGAUGGCCUGGAAGGCCACGACGAGUAUCGCACGGUCAAACAGGUCUACGACAGCUUUGGGAGCAUCUGUGGGCCCAGGGUGGGCAACGCGGAAAUGCCGCUGUGUCGGGCGUACGGCGAUGUUUUUGCAGCUGCCUUGGCGCCGCAACUGGAUGCCAUCACAGUGGGCAGCGCAGACGCGAUAUGCAACAGCAUGUUCGACUUCCUCUUAGAGGUCAAGCAGGCGCAGAUCGACCUGCAGCUCUUUGAGGGCUCCUUGGACCACUUGGAUGAAGCAGGGCCCCAGUCUGCACGUGGACGUAGGUGGUCGAAGUUUGUUGAGAUGAGCACCCCGAAGCCGCUCAACGAGACGCAUGGCAACUUGCUGUCCAGCCUCCAGGUCCGAGCUGAUGAGGAGUCCAAGUAUGACAUCACCAUGCCGUCCUGGGAUGGAGCCCUGAAGGCCACUCGAGUGCCAAGCCUUCUCUUCGAUCAUUGCGAAUCAGAGAUGAAGGAGAUCAUGCUGGAUGCGCCACAGACGUCGGGACGCGUAGCAAAGCUCGCGGUAGAUUGGUGCAACUUCCAGCAGCUUCGUGGAGGAGGCCGCUCCGACUGGUCAGAGCGCACGUGCAGCGGUAUUGGCAAGCUUUUUGGGCUGGCCUUGCGCAACAUCCCAGACCCUCCACCACCAGACCAACCACCGAUGGUCUUGGCUGGGGCAUUGCCCAAGCCAGCUUUCGGUCAAUUGUCGCCGACCAUGCCGCCGACAUACACGAUGAUGCCGACCAUCCCCGACCCACCGAAAUGGGGGGAGCCUCCGACAUCGGGGCCGGUCCCCGCAAAGAUGACGAAGGAGCAGAUGCAGAGGAUGCUGGAUCCUGUCCAGCGCUUCCUCCUACGUCCGGACCAGGUUUGCCAGCAGCUGUUCGUGGCGAUUGGGGCGACCAACCGGGUGGAAGGCUUGCUGCGCAACUCCUUCAAGACAUCCUUUCGCGUGCCUUCGGCGGGCAUGGCUCUGCCGACAAAGGAUGACCUCAUGCUCCAAGCCAUGCAGCAGGCGGCAGAUUUCCGCAAGUCCGCGACCCAGCGGAAAGAGGCAGAGGCUGUCAAGGUCCAGGCAGACUUGAAAGAGGCAGCGGCAGACCUGACGAAGCCAGCCCGGGAGCCAGAUUCAACCUUGGAGCUGAGCUCGUUGCCUCAUUCCUCGGACUACAAUCCGAAGGUCACUGCUAGCGCGAGCUUCCUCCGCACGCAUCGUUAG